CUAAAAUCGUGCUCAUUGUCCCUCGAUCGUGUUCCCAAAUAAGUCGAAAGUGUUUGAGCAAAUUGAUAAAAGGCCAAAGCCAAAAGUUCAUCCUUAAAUUCUAAAUUCGCAAUUGAUAGUUUCGACAUGUUGAAUUACCAACAGCAAUUGCACUCGCUGCCCGUCGGCAAUCCGGGAAAUUUCUACUACGGACCGACGGGUUCGCAUUCGCUGACAGUUUCCGGCGAGGUUUAUCCAUCACAUCAGUCGCAAAAUCUUGAGUCGGAGGACAAGGUUAACGAUCGAGAGGGCAGUGCCAGAGAUCUGGACAAAAUGCACCGAUUUUCGGUGGAUAACAUCAUGGAAAUGAAGCACGACGCUUAUUCAAAGAGCAAACUUUCCAUGGAGCUUAAUAACAAUUACGGCACCACCUCGAGCGGUGGAAGUGGUGGAGCUGCCUGCUCCGGAAAUCUCCCCGUGGGCCACUCGAGGAAGCCGCGCCGCAAUCGCACCACCUUCAGCUCCGCCCAACUGACAGCCUUGGAGAAGGUUUUCGAGAGGACCCACUACCCGGAUGCCUUUGUUCGCGAGGAGCUGGCCACCAAGGUGCAUCUCAGCGAGGCCAGAGUUCAGGUCUGGUUUCAGAAUCGGCGGGCGAAAUUCCGGCGAAACGAGAGGAGCGUGGGCUCCAGGCCGCUGCUGGAUACGGCUACCCAGUUGGUGCCGGCUCCAAUUAGCAAUAAUAUGCACAAAUAUGCCAGUUUGCCACACCCACACCCACCGCCGCCACCGCCCCCCGGGGCGUACGCGUUGAACUUUGGUCCGCUGGAGCUGCGUUCGUGCCACCAGAACUACACGAAUUGCUACGGCGGCUUUGGGUCGAAUCCUGCCACCAACAGCGGAGUGUGCUCCUUCUUUGGCGCGGCAACAAACUACUGCGUGAAUUACGCAAAGAACGCGUAUCCGCCGCUCUGAUGACGACCAACCAGAUAGCCAGGGUUUAAUGGUUCCCAUGAGGUUACUUCAUGCAUAUGUAUUUCAAUUAGCCAAAUUGCAUUAAUGCUUAAAAACGUAUUAAGACUAAUAUAUUCGCCUACCUGACUAAUAUUUAUAUUUAUACGACGCCGAACCGAAUGUGACGCCCAGAAGGAAGCUCCCAAUAAAUAACAUUUUCUAAGACAAUAUCGGGGGUUUAUGUUUGAAUGGGGAAUAUGGAGGCGUUUAUGG